AUGCCGGGACCUUGUUGCCUCAGCUUCCUUUUCUGCAGGAUGGGCGUGCUGCUCACAGACGGGGGUCGUGAGAACUGCCGCCGGCAACGCCGAUGGGCCGAUCGGCGCAGAGCGGGCAGAGGCCCUGACCCCGGGCCGCUGGGCCGUCGGGAGUCACUGUCCAGCGACGCGCCAGGCCUGCCGAGAGCCCUGCCCAGGAGCUGCCCGGGACCCCCAGCACCCUCACUCUGCUUGAGGUCGCAGGGUCGCUGGAGGCACAAGUUUAGUCCAAGUGUCUCUACCUUGUGUGGAAGCAGAGUUCAGUUUCACUUCAGAGGGUCCUUCUGGUUAAUUUCUGGACCCUCCGAAGCAUGCUCAGAGAUCCCUGUGGCUGUGACUGGUUUCCGGCUGCCUUUGCCCACAGUCUUCCCCUCGGCGUCUGGCUCUUCUCCCCUGUCACAGUGUGACAGUGAGAUACCUCCCCCAUCUGAAGAGGAAGAAGAGGAAGAAGAGACAAAUUAUCAAAAAGCAGAGUCUUUGGAUAAAAUUCCAGCGAAAACUUCGCAGCGGAGAAGCGAAUCCAUAGGCCAACCUCUAAUUGGCAUAGAGGAUAAAGAAACGGACAAAGAGAUUGCAGAACCCCUCCCUGCCAAAAGAAUUGUGACGCAUAUCGUGGAAAAGACGUAUCUUCAGGUGACUUGUACCCCAGUUCCCGAGGAGUUUCUGGAUCAGAAUGUGAUGUUUUUUCUCAGAAAUACCAAAGAGACGAUCUUUGAAGCUACUGACAUGAAGGAAGCUCUGGAAACUAUGCCUGAGACGCUGGAGUAUGGAAUUAUAAAUGCCAACUUGCUUCAUUUUCUGAAGAAUCUUGUGUGUCAGGUUUUCUUGCCAGCGUUGUCCUUCAACCAGCACAAGACGAACGCAGCCGUGGGGCGCACCUCUGUAGACUUCCCUAAGCUUUCUGGGUUUGAAGUGGACCUCCCCACCAUUCCCGGGGAGGCGGUAGAGUAUCACAGUGUUCAGUUAAUACGGGACGAGUUUUUAAUGAACAUUCAGAAGUUUGCCAGUGGCAUCCAGAGAACAAUGCAGCAACUCGAAGGUGAGAUCAAGUUGGAAAUGCCGAGCAUCAGCUUGGAGGGAGAGGUGUCUGACCUGGCAGCUGACCCGGAAACGGUUGAUAUCUUGGAGCAGUGCGUGAUAAACUGGCUGAAUCAGAUAUCAGCUGCUGUUGAGGGCCAGCUGAAGAAGAAGCCUCAGGGUAAUGGCCCUCUGGCAGAAAUUGAAUUCUGGCGGGAAAGAAAUGCAACCUUAAGUGCACUCCAUGAGCAAACAAAGCUUCCGAUAGUCAAGAAAGUCUUGGAGGUGAUCAAGGAAGCAGACUCAAUGCUCGUGGCUAACUUGCAGCCAGUCUUCACCGAGCUCUUCAAGUUCCACAUGGAGGCCACGGACAACGUGCGCUUCCUGUCCACCGUGGAGCGCCACUUCAAGAACAUCACACACGGGUCCAGCUUCCGUGUGGUCCUGGACACCCUCCCCUCCAUGAUGAGUGCGCUGGGCUUGGUGUGGAUCAUCUCGCGCCACUACAACAAGGAUGAGCGCAUGGUCCCGCUCAUGGAGCGCAUCGCCUGGGAGAUCGCCGAGCGGGUCUGCAGGGUGGUCAACCUGCGGACGCUGUUCAAAGAGAACCGGGCGACUGCACAGCACAAAACCUUGGAUGCCAAGAACACCCUGAAACUGUGGAAGAAGGCCUACUUUGACACCCGGGCCAAGAUCGAGGCUUCGGGGCGCGAGGCUCGCUGGGAGUUUGAUCGGAAACGGCUGUUUGAGAGGACAGAUUACAUGGCCAACAUCUGCCAAGACCUCUCCGACAUUCUGCAGGUUAUGGAGGAAUUUUACAACAUAUUUGGUCCAGAACUAAAGGCAGUGACGGGGGAUCCCAAGCGCAUCGAUGACGUUCUGUGCCGGGUGGACAGCCUGGUCACCCCCAUGGAAAACUUGACCUUUGACCCCUUCAGCAUCAAGUCCUUCCAGUCCUGGAAGUAUGUGAUGGAUGACUUCAAGAUCGAAGUUCUGAUUGACAUAGUCAAUAGACUCUUUGUCCAGAACCUUGAAAAUCCACCACUGUAUAAGAACCACCCCCCGGUAGCCGGUGCAAUAUACUGGGAGCGAUCUCUGUUCCAUCGGAUCAAGCACACCAUCCUCAGGUUCCAGGAAGUGGAGGACAUCCUGGACAGUGAUCGAGGACGGGAAGUAAGACAAAAAUACUUGGAAGUGGGUAGGACAAUGAAGGAAUAUGAAGACAGAAAAUAUGAGCAGUGGAGAGAGAUGACGGAACAGAUUCUUCCAAAUCUCAUGAAGAAGAGUCUGCUGACCAAGUCUUCCGCCACUGCCAAUGACACUUCUACUACCGAAAAGGGAGCUGUUUUUGUCAUCAAUUUUUCACCUGCUCUCAGAGAGAUUAUUAACGAAACCAAGUACUUGGAACAGCUAGGCUUCAACGUCCCCGAAUUAGCAAGAAACGUUGCUCUCCAAGAAGACAAAUUCUUUAGGUACACAGAAGGACUACAGCGUAUGCUGGAUCAUUAUCACAUGCUCAGAGGAACGUUGAAUGAGGCAGAGACUAUGCUCCUCGAUGACCAUUCUCAGGAACUGAUCCGAGUGUUCAGAUCUGGAUAUAAGAGGUUGAACUGGAAUUCACUAGGUAUUGCUGACUACAUAACUCGGUGCAAGCAGGCCAUUGGGAAGUUUGAGUCUCUCGUCCACCAGAUCCAUAAAAAUGCUGAUGACAUUUCUUCCAGGCUUAUACUAAUAGAGUCCGUAAAUCUCUUUAAAUAUCCAGCAGCUAAAAGUGAGAGUGAACUCCCAGGUGUGAAGGAAUUCUUUGAGUACAUUGAGCGAGAAAGGACCAGAGAUGUGGACCAUAUGGUCCGGUGGUAUCUUGCCAUUGGGCCUCUGCUGACCAAAGUCGAGGGCCUGGUUGUCCACACCAACACAGGCAGGGCACCCAAACUCGCCUCCUACUACAAAUUCUGGGAAAAUAGAAUUUAUGAGGUCCUGACAAAGCUCAUCCUGAAGAAUCUGCAGUCUUUUAAUUCUGUAAUCUUUGGAAAUGUCCCUCUGUUCCAAACGGAAACCAUUCUGACAGCUCCUGAGAUCAUUCUUCAUCCCAACACAAGUGAGAUCGACAAAAUGUGCGUCCAUUGUGUCCGGAACUGCGUGGAGAUCACCAAGAAUUUUGUUCGAUGGAUGGAUGGCAGCUGCAUAGAAUGCCCUUCGCAGAAGGGGGAAGAAGAAGAAGUUGUCAUCAUAAGCUUUUACAACGAUAUUUCUCUGAACCCUCAGAUAAUUGAGCAAGCUGUUAUGAUCCCCCAAAAUGUCCACAGGAUUCUGAUCAAUCUCAUGAAGUACUUACAAAAAUGGAAGCGGUACCGACCUCUCUGGAAACUGGAUAAAGCCAUCGUGAUGGAGAAGUUUGCUGCCAAGAAGCCUCCUUGUGUAUCAUACGAUGAGAAGUUGCAGUUCUAUUCCAAGAUAGCCUCUGAAGUUCUGCGCAACCCAUUAAUUAAGGAUGAGCAUUGCAUUAGGCUUCAACUUGGGCCCCUGGCAAACACAGUGCAGGAAAAUGCCAAGUCCUGGGUGAUUUCGCUUGGAAAACUUCUCAAUGAGUCAGCAAAGGAGGAGCUCUAUAGUCUCCACGAAGAAAUUGAGCACUUGGCCAAAAAUCUUAAGAAGAGUCCCAGUACCCUUGAAGAUCUCAAGUUUGUCCUUGCAACAAUUGCAGAAAUUAAAAGUAAAUCUUUGGUCAUGGAACUAAGAUACAGGGAUGUCCAGGAGCGAUAUCGUACCAUGGAAAUGUAUAACAUCUUUCCUUCAGAUCUGGAGAGAGAAUUGGUGGAUAAGAUUGAGAGCAAGUGGUCCGAUCUGUUUAAUGAUUCAGUGACUGUGGAGCAUGCCCUUGGGGGUAUAAAGAGAACUUUCACAGAGAUUACUCGAGGUGAAAUAAUGAACUACAGAGCUAAUAUAGAGGAGUUUGCAAAACGUUUUUAUAGUAAAGGUCCUGGUUCUGUUGGUGAUGAUCUUGAUAGAGGGAUAGAACUUUUAGCCGAAUUUGAAAGAGAGCUGGCAAGACACGAGAAGAACCGCCAGGAGCUGGCUAACGCCGAGAAGCUUUUUGACCUCCCUAUCACAAUGUACCCAGAGCUGCUCAAAGUGCAGAAGGAAAUGAACGGGCUGAAGAUGAUCUACGAGCUCUACCAAGAACUAAAGAAUGCGAAAGAAGAAUGGUCUCAGACCCUGUGGAUCAACCUGAACGUGCAGUUUCUCCAGGAAGGGAUUGACGGUUUUCUCAAGGCUCUCAGAAAGCUCCCCCGGCAGGUCCGCAGCUUGUCGGUGGCCUAUCAUUUGGAAGUGAAAAUGAAGGCAUUCAAGGACUCGAUUCCUUUGCUUCUGGACUUGAAACACGAGGCACUAAGAGACAGGCAUUGGAAAGACCUGAUGGAAAAAACUUCUGUCUUUUUUGAAAUGACUGAAACGUUCACCUUGGAAAACAUGUUUGCUAUGGAGCUUCACAAACACACGGAUGUCCUCAAUGAGAUUGUCACAGCAGCUAUCAAGGAGGUUGCCAUCGAAAAGGCUGUGAAAGAAAUCCUAGACACAUGGGAAAAUAUGAAAUUCACUGUGGUCAAGUAUUACAAAGGCACUCAGGAGCGAGGCUACAUCUUGGGAUCUGUAGACGAGAUUAUUCAGUCACUCGAUGACAACACUUUCAACCUGCAAAGCAUCUCGGGAAGCAGAUUUGUGGGACCUUUUCUCCAAACUGUUCACAAAUGGGAAAAAACGCUUUCUCUAAUAGGGGAAGUCAUUGAGAUUUGGAUGUUGGUUCAGAGAAAAUGGAUGUAUCUGGAAAGCAUUUUUAUUGGUGGAGACAUAAGAGCACAACUUCCAGAUGAGGCGAAGAAAUUUGACAACAUCGAUAGAGUGUUCAAAAGGAUCAUGGGCGAGACCUUGAAGGACCCGGUGAUCAAGCGGUGCUGCGAAGUCCCCAACCGCCUGGGCGACCUGCAGAACAUCAGCGAGGGCCUGGAGAAGUGCCAGAAGAGCCUGAACGACUACCUGGACUCCAAGAGGAACGCCUUCCCACGGUUCUUCUUCAUCUCCGACGACGAGCUGCUCAGCAUCCUGGGCAACAGCGACCCGCUGUGCGUGCAGGAGCACGUGAUCAAGAUGUAUGACAACAUAGCAUUGCUGCGGUUCAGUGACGGGGACAGUGGGGAAAAGCUGGUGUCCGCAAUGAUUUCAGCCGAGGGGGAGGUCAUGGAGUUUCGGAGGAUCAUCCGGGCCGAGGGGCGGGUGGAGGACUGGAUGACGGCAGUCUUGAACCAGAUGCGAAGAACCAACAGGCUGAUCACCAAGGAGGCUGUGUUCAGGUACUGCGAGGACAGAAGCAGAGUCGACUGGAUGCUCCUGUACCAGGGUAUGGUAGUGCUGGCCGCCAGCCAGGUGUGGUGGACCUGGGAGGUGGAGGACGUCUUCCGCAAAGUGCAGGGAGGCCAGAAGCAGGCCAUGAAGAACUACGGCAAGAAAAUGCACCAGCAGAUCGAUGAGCUGGUCACGCGCAUAACCAUGCCCCUGAGCAAAAACGACAGGAAGAAAUACAACACGGUGCUCAUCAUCGACGUGCACGCCAGAGACAUCGUGGACUCUCUCAUAAGAGGCAGCAUCCUCGAGGCCAGGGAGUUCGAGUGGGAAAGCCAGCUGCGGUUCUACUGGGACCGAGAGCCCGACGAGCUGAACAUCCGCCAGUGCACGGGGACCUUUGGCUACGGCUACGAGUAUAUGGGCCUGAAUGGGAGGCUGGUCAUCACGCCCCUCACGGACCGGAUCUACCUGACACUCACCCAGGCACUGUCCAUGUACCUGGGUGGGGCCCCUGCUGGCCCAGCAGGUACCGGCAAAACUGAGACCACCAAGGACCUCGCCAAAGCCUUGGGUUUGCUCUGUGUCGUGACCAACUGCGGUGAAGGCAUGGAUUACAAAGCUGUGGGGAAGAUUUUCUCUGGCCUCGCCCAGUGUGGGGCGUGGGGCUGUUUUGAUGAGUUUAACCGCAUCGACGCCUCUGUGCUCUCCGUGAUCUCAUCUCAGAUCCAUACGAUCCGGAAUGCUCUGAUCCAUCAGCUGACCAAGUUCCAGUUCGAAGGGCAGGAGAUCUCCCUGGAUUCGCGAAUGGGGAUCUUCAUCACCAUGAACCCCGGCUACGCGGGCCGCACGGAGCUGCCCGAGUCGGUGAAGGCGCUGUUCCGCCCGGUGGUGGUGAUUGUGCCCGACAUGCAGCAGAUCUGCGAGAUCAUGCUGUUCUCCGAGGGCUUCCUGUGGGCCAAGACUCUGGCCAAAAAGAUGACUGUCCUGUAUAAGCUGGCCCGGGAGCAGCUCUCCAAGCAGCACCAUUAUGAUUUUGGACUCAGAGCCCUGAAAUCGGUGCUGGUGAUGGCUGGUGAGCUGAAGAGAGGCUCCCCUGACCUUCAGGAGGAUGUGGUGCUGAUGCGGGCCCUGCGUGACAUGAACCUGCCCAAGUUUGUGUUUGAAGACGUCCCUCUCUUCCUGGGCUUGAUUUCUGACCUGUUCCCUGGGCUCGACUGCCCUCGUGUCCGCUACCCCAAUUUCAACGAUGCCGUGGAACAGGUCCUGGAGGAGAGUGGCUACGUGGUCCUCCCCGUUCAGGUGGAUAAAGUGGUUCAAAUGUACGAGACCAUGUUAACCCGACACACGACCAUGGUGGUGGGGCCCACUGGAGGGGGCAAGUCCGUGGUCAUUAACGCACUGUGUCAGGCCCAGACCAAGCUUGGGUUGAUGACAAAGUUGUACAUCCUGAAUCCCAAAGCCAUGAGCGUCAUAGAGCUCUAUGGCAUUCUGGACCCCACCACUCGGGACUGGACGGACGGGGUGCUGUCAAACAUCUUCAGGGAAAUCAACAGGCCAACAGAUAAGAAAGAGCGAAAGUAUAUUUUAUUUGAUGGUGAUGUGGAUGCUCUGUGGGUGGAAAACAUGAAUUCUGUGAUGGACGACAACAGGCUGUUGACACUGGCCAACGGGGAGCGGAUUCGACUUCAAGCACACUGUGCUCUGCUCUUUGAGGUUGGAGAUUUACAGUAUGCCUCUCCUGCAACUGUCUCUCGAUGUGGAAUGGUUUAUGUGGAUCCUAAAAAUUUGAAAUAUCAACCAUUCUGGACAAAAUGGGUUAAUAAAAUACAAAGCAAGGCAGAACAAUACAAUUUAAAUAAUCUCUUUGAGAAAUAUGUGCCCUCCCUCAUCGAUAUGAUAGUGGAAGGGAUCGUGGAUGGAAGGCCAGGAGAGAAGCUGAAGACGAUAGUUCCUCAGACAGACCUCAAUAUGGUAACCCAGUUAACCAAGGUGUUGGAUGCGUUACUAGAAGGAGAAACGGAGGACCCCAACUUGCUGGAGUGCUACUUCUUAGAGGCUCUGUACUGUUCCCUGGGGGCUUCCCUGCUUGAGGAUGGAAGGAUGAAAUUCGAUGAGUAUAUUAAACGCCUUGCUUCUUUGUCUACUGUUGAUAUGGAAGGCGUCUGGGCCGGUCCCGGGGAGCUUCCAGGUCACCUUCCCACCUUGAGCGACUUUCAUUUUGAUAACACUCAGAACCGAUGGAUCCCAUGGAGCAAGUUAGUUCCAAAGUAUAUUCACACCCCUGAGCAGAAGUUCAUCGAUAUCCUGGUUCAUACGGUGGAUACAACUCGGACCACCUGGAUACUGGAACAAAUGGUUAAAAUUAAGCAACCUGUCCUUUUUGUUGGAGAAUCGGGCACUUCUAAGACAGCCACUGCCCAGAACUUCCUUAAAAAUCUGAGUGAAGAAACAAAUAUCGUGCUCAUGGUCAGCUUCUCCUCCCGCACCACGUCCAUGGACAUCCAAAGAAACUUAGAAGCCAAUGUGGAGAAGCGAACCAAAGACACGUAUGGCCCACCCAUGGGGAAGCGCCUGCUGGUCUUCAUGGAUGACAUGAACAUGCCAAAGGUGGAUGAAUACGGCACACAGCAGCCCAUUGCCCUGCUGAAACUGCUCUUGGAAAAAGGCUACCUGUACGACCGUGGGAAGGAGCUGAACUGCAAGAGCAUUCGUGACCUUGGCUUCAUCGCCACGAUGGGCAAAGCGGGAGGAGGCCGCAACGAAGUCGACCCGAGAUUCAUUUCACUGUUCAGCGUCUUCAAUGUGCCGUUUCCUUCAGAGGAGUCUUUGCAUUUAAUUUAUACCUCCAUCCUGAAAGGCCACACCUCGGUAACUGAUUUUAACUGGAAGCCUAUACUGGAAGACCUUGGGUUCCAGACAGUGGCCCAGAUGGUAAGAGUCUGGAGGAAUGAGUGUCUGAGAGUCUUCCAUGACCGACUGAUCAAUGAAAAAGACAAGCAACUGGUACAAGGGCACAUAGGAAGCUUGGUGGAGACACAUUUUAACAAUGACCUGGAGGCGGUGAUGAGGGAUCCCAUACUGUUUGGAGACUUCCGGAUGGCUCUGCACGAGGAGGAAGCGCGCAUUUACGAGGACGUCCAGGACUACGAGGCGGUCAAGGCUCUGUUCCAGGAAAUUCUUGAAGAGUAUAAUGAGAGCAACACCAAAAUGAACUUGGUUCUCUUUGAUAAUGCCCUGGAGCAUUUGACCCGAGUACACCGCAUUAUUCGCAUGGACCGAGGUCACGCCCUGCUGAUCGGGCUCGGGGGCUCGGGGAAGCAGUCUCUUUCGAGGCUGGCUGCCUUCACAGCUGGCUGCGAGGUGUUUGAGAUCCUGCUGAGCCGCGGCUACUCGGAAGCCAAUUUCCGUGACGACCUGAAGCGCCUUUAUCUGCAACUUGGGAUCGAGAACAAAACCACGAUCUUUCUGUUCACGGACGCGCACGUGGCCGAGGAGGGCUUCCUGGAGCUCAUCAACAACAUGCUGACCUCAGGAAUUGUGCCCGCGCUUUUCCCUGACGAGGAAAAGGAGUCCAUCCUCAGUCAGAUUGGACAGGAAGCUCUGAAGCAAGGGAUGGGGCCGGCCAAAGAGUCCGUCUGGCAAUACUUCGUGAACAAAAGUGCAAAUAACCUGCACGUUGUCCUGGGCAUGUCGCCAGUGGGGGACACCCUGAGGACCCGCUGCAGGAAUUUCCCAGGUCUGGUAAACAACACUGGCAUUGACUGGUUCAUGUCCUGGCCUCCCCAAGCCCUCCAGGCCGUGGCUAAGUCAUUUUUAGGGGAUAAUCAGAUGAUCCCAUCAGAGAACUUCGGAGACCUGGUGGACCACGUUGUUCUGGUUCACCAGUCCGUGGGUCACUACAGCAAGCGAUUUCUCCAGAAACUCAGGCGCAGCAACUACGUAACUCCCAAGAACUACCUUGAUUACAUAAACACCUACUCAAAACUGCUGGAGGAGAAAACUCAGUAUAACAUAGCUCAGUGCAAGCGUUUGGAAGGGGGGCUGGACAAGCUGAAGGAGGCCGCCAUCCAGCUGGACGAGCUGAACCAGAAGCUCGCCGAGCAGAAGGUCGUCCUGGCCGAGAAGUCUGCCGCCUGCGAGGCCUUGCUGGAGGAGAUCGCCACCAACACGGCCAUCGCGGAGGAGAAGAAGAAACUCGCAGAAGAAAAGGCCAUGGAGAUUGAGGAGCAGAACAAGGUGAUCGCGGUGGAGAAGGCCGAGGCCGAGACGGCCCUGGAGGAGGUCAUGCCCAUCCUGGAGGCCGCCAAGCUAGAGUUGCAGAAGCUGGACAAGUCGGAUGUGACUGAGAUCAGGUCGUUCGCGAAGCCCCCGAAGCAGGUGCAGACGGUCUGCGAGUGCAUCCUCAUCAUGAAGGGGUACAAGGAGCUCAACUGGAAGACCGCCAAGGGCAUGAUGUCAGACCCCAACUUCCUGCGCUCUCUGAUGGAGAUUGACUUUGACUCGACCACCCAGAGCCAAGUGAAAAACAUCAAAGGUCUCUUGAAGACCCUCAACACCACCGUUGAAGAAAUGGAAGCUGUGAGCAAAGCCGGGCUGGGGAUGCUGAAAUUCGUAGAAGCCGUGAUGGGCUACUGUGACGUCUUCAGGGAGAUCAAGCCUAAAAGGGAGAAGGUGGCCAGGCUGGAGCGGAAUUUCUUCCUAACCAAACGGGAACUAGAAAGAAUCCAGAAUGAGUUGGCAGCGAUCCAGAAGGAGCUGAAGGCUUUGGGGGCCAAGUAUGAAGAAGCCAUCCUAGAGAAGCAGAAGCUGCAGGAAGAAGCCAAAAUCAUGGAGAGGCGGCUGAUCGCGGCAGACAAGCUCAUCUCGGGUCUGGGAUCGGAGAACGUCGCUUCCUUCAGCGACCCCGACUUCCUCAAGCAGCUGGAGAUGUCCAUCAAGUACGGGACCCCCUUCCUGUUCCACGAUGUGGACGAGUACAUCGAUCCUGUGAUUGACAACGUCUUGGAAAAGAACAUAAAAGUCUCCCAAGGGCGGCAGUUCAUCGUCCUAGGAGACAAGGAAGUCGACUACGACUCCAAUUUCAGACUGUACCUGAACACCAAGCUGGCCAAUCCCAGAUACACCCCGUCAGUGUUCGGGAAAGCUAUGGUGAUCAACUACACUGUGACGCUGAAGGGCCUUGAGGACCAGCUGCUGAGCGUGCUGGUGGCCUGCGAGCGGCGGGAGCUGGAGGAGCAGAGGGAGCACCUCAUCCGGGAGACCAGCGAGAACAAGAACCUGCUCAAGGACCUGGAGGACUCGCUGCUGCGGGAGCUGGCCACCUCCACGGGCAACAUGCUGGACAACGUGGAGCUGGUGCAGACCCUGGAGGAGACCAAGUCCAAGGCCACAGAGGUCUCCGAGAAGCUCAAGCUGGCGGAGAAGACAGCCCUGGACAUCGACCGGCUGCGCGACGGCUACCGGCCGGCCGCCCGGAGGGGUGCCAUCCUGUUCUUCGUCCUGUCGGAGAUGGCCCUGGUGAGCUCCAUGUACCAGUACUCCCUGACCGCCUUCCUGGAGGUCUUCAGGCUGUCCCUGAAGAGGUCGCUGCCCGACUCCAUCCUCAUGAAGCGGCUGAAGAACAUCACGGACACGCUCACCUUCAACAUCUACAACUACGGCUGCACGGGGUUGUUUGAGAAGCACAAGCUACUCUUUUCUUUCAAUAUGACCAUCAAGAUCGAGCAAGCGGAAGGGCGAGUCCCUCAGGAAGAACUGGAUUUCUUUUUAAAAGGAAACAUUUCCCUGGAGAAAAGCACACGAAAAAAGCCCUGCACGUGGCUGUCUGACCAGGGAUGGGAAGACAUUAUUCUUCUAUCAGAGAUGUUUCCGGACAUCUUUGGGCAGCUUCCUGGUGAUGUGGAGAGUCAUCAGAUUAUCUGGCAGGAGUGGUAUGACCUGGACUCCCUCGAGCAGUUUCCAUUCCCUCUGGGCUAUGACAACAGCAUCACCCCUUUCCAGAAGCUGCUCAUGUUGCGCUGCUUCCGUGUGGAUCGGGUCUACCGGGCAGUGACCGACUAUGUGACUGUAACAAUGGGAGAGAAGUACGUGCAGCCCCCCAUGAUCAGCUUCGAGGCCAUCUUUGAGCAGAGCAGCCCACACUCGCCCAUUGUGUUCAUCCUGAGUCCCGGCUCUGACCCUGCCAGUGAUCUUAUGAAAUUAGCCGAGCGAAGUGGUUUUGGAGGAAGCCGCCUCAAAUUCCUGGCGAUGGGUCAAGGUCAGGAAAAGGUGGCGCUGCAGCUGCUGGAGACGGCGGUGGCUCGCGGGCAGUGGCUGAUGCUGCUGAACUGCCACCUCCUGGUCAAGUGGCUGAAGGAUCUGGAGAAGUCUCUUGAAAGGAUCACCAAGUCCCACCCAGAUUUCCGCCUCUGGCUCACCACCGACCCCACCAAGGGCUUCCCCAUCGGGAUUCUGCAGAAGUCCUUGAAGGUUGUCACGGAGCCACCCAAUGGGCUGAAGCUGAACAUGAGGGCGACGUACUUCAAGAUCUCGCCCGACAUGCUGGAUCAGUGCCCACACCCGGCCUACAAGCCUCUGGUCUACGUGCUGGCCUUCUUCCACGCCGUGGUGCAGGAGAGAAGGAAGUUUGGGAAGAUCGGCUGGAACGUGUACUACGACUUCAACGAGUCGGACUUCCAGGUCUGCAUGGAGAUUCUGAACACGUACCUCACGAAAGCCUUCCAGCAGCAGGAUCCGCGGAUCCCGUGGGGCAGCCUCAAGUACCUCAUCGGAGAGGUCAUGUAUGGAGGACGGGCCAUCGACAGCUUCGAUCGCCGCAUCCUGACCAUCUACAUGAACGAGUACCUGGGAGACUUCAUCUUUGACACUUUCCAGCCAUUCCAUUUCUUCCAGAACAAGGAGGUGGACUAUAAGAUCCCUGCCGGGGACGAAAAGGACAAAUUUGUUGAAGCCAUUGAGGCCCUGCCACUGGCCAACACCCCGGAAGUGUUCGGUCUUCAUUCCAACGCUGAGAUUGGCUAUUAUACACAGGCAGCUCGAGACAUGUGGGCCCAUCUGCUGGAGCUGCAGCCUCAGACAGGGGAAUCCAGCAGUGGCAUCAGCCGUGAUGACUACAUUGGCCAAGUGGCCAAAGACAUAGAGAACAAGAUGCCCAAAGUCUUUGACCUGGACCAGGUCAGGAAGCACCUUGGGGCUGGGGUCUCCCCCACUUCGGUGGUGCUCCUGCAGGAGCUGGAACGCUUCAACAAGCUCGUGGUGCGGAUGACCAGGUCUCUGGCGGAACUGCAGAGGGCCUUGGCUGGAGAAGUGGGAAUGAGCAGUGAGCUGGACGAUGUGGCCAGGUCUCUUUCCAUCGGGCACAUUCCCGCUAUCUGGAGAAAGCUUGCCCCCGACACGCUGAAGUCCCUUGGGAACUGGAUGGUCUACUUCCUGCGGAGGUUCAGCCAGUACCUGCUGUGGGUCACCGAGGGGGAGCCCAGCGUGAUGUGGCUCUCUGGGCUGCAUAUCCCAGAGUCCUACCUCAUGGCCCUGGUUCAGGCCACCUGCCGGAGGAACAGCUGGCCGCUGGACCGCUCCACGUUGUUCACCCAAGUGACCAGGUUCCAGGACGCAGAAGAAGUGAACGAGCGAGCGGGACAAGGAUGCUUUGUCUCGGGACUGUACCUGGAAGGUGCUGACUGGGAUCUGGAGAGAGGGUGUCUCGUCAAGAGCAAGCCCAAGGUGCUGGUCGUAGACCUGCCAGUCCUGAAGAUCAUCCCCAUCGAGGCCCAUCGCCUCAAGCUGCAGAACACCUUCCGGACCCCUGUCUACACCACCUCCACGAGAAGGAACGCCAUGGGGGUCGGCCUGGUUUUCGAAGCUGACCUCUUUACCACGAAGCACAUUUCCCACUGGGUGCUGCAAGGGGUCUGCCUCACCCUGAAUUCCGAUUAGCCCUUGGGAGAAGACAACUGACUGGCUCAGGAACUCUGGGGCCGGGGCGAGGGACGGCUGCACUGGGGACCUGGCAGGGACGAUGGAGUUGGCUGUCAUUUCUUGCGGCCUCCCAAGAGGCGGGAGGGGCAUUGACGCUGACAGUCCUUUCAUUUGAAGUCAGCCAUUUAAAUCUCCUUCCCUACAAAUGAGCCUGAAUGGUUUUGUUUUUAAGCUACUUUAAGGAUUCUGUGUAUUCAAAAAGUAAAUCCUAGAGAGCAUCUAAGACGUGUCGAGUUUUUUCUCCUCAGAGGAAACACGUGGCCAAGCAGAAGUGCCUGCGCGUCACCGGCCCAGUGAGGAUCCUAGCGUGAACUUCCGAGGCGCGUCCUCGAGCCCGGGGUGUGCCAGCAGAUGCCUGCGGCAAGAGCGGUCUGCUGGGAGGCCGGAGGCU